UUCAAGAUGGCGAUGCAAGCAGCCCGUCGACAGAAUGUGAGAUUACCGCCAGAAGUUAACCGCAUUCUGUACAUCCGUAAUCUCCCAUACAAGAUCACUGCAGAGGAGAUGUAUGAUAUAUUUGGGAAGUAUGGCGCAAUAAGACAGAUCAGAGUUGGUACCAACCCAGACACCAAAGGAACAGCAUAUGUUGUGUAUGAAGACAUCUUUGAUGCUAAGAAUGCAUGCGAUCAUCUCUCAGGUUUCAAUGUCUGUGGCCGGUACCUCGUUGUCCUGUACUACCAACCUAACAGAGCGUUCAAGAAGCUCGACCAGGCCAAGAAACAAGCGGAACUGGACAAGAUGAAAGCAAAAUAUGGACUAAGUACGCCGGAAAUGAAGUAGCAGACUACAAACCCCAGAAACUUUUCAAUUUGUAUAAAUAUGUACAUUCAGCAAGAUGUUGAUAGUGCAAAGACCUGCUGCGAGUCGGAACAGCUCUCAUUUAUGGCAACAAACUGCCAAUGGAUGAUAGGGACUAUAUAAACUGCUCAUGGGGCUAGCACUUCGCUGCAAUUUGGCAACAGUUGUUACCAGACCAUGGUUGUCCCAAUUAUAAAGUAGGUCCCACGCAGUGACCAACUAUGGCUUCAGCAUUGGGUACCAGGAUUUAUGGAUGGACACCUUGACAUGCCCGAUGUGCUUCUUACUUCCUAUUGAUGACGGAUUUGUGAAACGUUAAACCUCCACCAUCCUGCGCUCAUAGGUCAUCAAAUUUGUUUAAUUCAUUGUUUUUUUAGUUUUUUUUUAAGGAGUUGCUGGCCCUUAUUGGAAGUAGAGACGAAUCUUUACUGAAAUGUGUUGGUUUUGAUUGGAUGUCUUUCUCUUUCAUAGAGAUUGACGAAUAUUGAAGGUAUUUCUUAUGCUCUUGGUAAGGCUUUGGUUUCUUAAAGUAAACAAAUCAAGUAAUUUUUAACCCUUUUACGGACCAUUCACUUGAGUAUAAUCAUCACAAAACGCCCAGACAUAUCAAAUUUCGAGAGUGAAAAUGACAAUCAGAUAUAACAUCAAACAUAAAAAGUAGUUUUGUUUUAGAAAUUUGGAUGCUAUGUUAACAUACUACAUUAAGAUAAUUUCAUAUCCGGAUAUGACCUUUACUUUGACCUCUUUAUGUAAACAGAAGUAGGCCAAACCUUGUGGGCGUCUUGAUACAAGCCACUUAAGGCUGCUUUGGUCACGAAAGGGUUUAUGAAGAUUAAAGAAGAAACAGAAGGAGGGAGACUUAGUAACUUAGUAGUUUUGUGUUUAGAAAUUGGGAUACUAUGUUAACAUGCUAGAUUAGAUAAUUUCAUAUCUUUUACUUUGACCUCUUUAUGUGACCAGAAGUAGGCCAAACCUUGGGGGCGUUUUGAUACAAGCCGCUUGUUUGUGGCUGCUAUGGUCUCUAUUAAAAGGUUAAAGAAGAAACGGAAGGAGGGAGACUUAGUAACAUACCUAAAAGUUGCCAGAAGCAGUUGACUAGUCCAGUUCUUGUAAGACCGACACCGAAGUAUGAAAGUAGACCUCCUGGCAUGAUGUUACUCGAGCUCCGGAGCAGGGCCUUAAUAGCUGUGCAUUUCCAUUGUUGAAUCGGCGUUUUACCUGUAGUGUAAAUGACAGUGGGAUGUUUAUCAGAUGGUUUUAUUGAUUUAAUUUCUCGUUGGAAGUGUAACAUGUUGACUAAGAAAAACUUUGUAAUAAAAUUUUUAAAAGCUUA